ACAUGUCUGUGGUUUUGUGGACUUUGUAAGGGACUUAGCAUUCAUUAUUCCAAAAGUAAUUCCGUUUAAUGGGUAAAAUGCCAAUAAUUGUGUUUCAUAUUUAAUGAAAACUGGUAAAAUAACUAGUGCCAAGUUUUCGUAUUCUUCAUCUUGUGUACAGCUCUCUGUGAUGAAACUCGUUUUUUUUUUUCGUAUUAUAACUGAAGCGUAGCACUCAAAGAUGUAUGUCGUAAACAAUAAGCGCAAUUGCGGAAUAUUUACAACACAAUGAACUGGUAAAAAGCCAAAGAAAGAGAGCAGCUACCCAAACAUAAUCAUUAUUGCACUGGGUCAGUUGAAAGAGAUUGUUAAUUUGUGAGAGCAUGAAGAAUCGGCAAUCCAACGUGCCAACACGAACAGGAAAGGGAUUUUAUGGGGCCACUAAAGCGCUGAUCAGUAAAAAUAAUAACCAAAAAGACAAUAACUGGAACAUCACACGAAACAAGUGCGAAUUGGAGAAGGAAACUGACAUCUCAAAUGAUUUGGUAAAUUUUGACAAAGUACCUUCGUUUUUUCGCCAACCGUUCAUAGUAUCGAGUUAUCGUAAGUGUGAUUCGUCUGCGUGGGAUUGUUUCAAAAGCUUGUUUCAAGCCACCAACGAGACGAUCAACAUUUGGAGUCAUGUUUUGGCGUUUGCUGUUUUCAUGCUUCGUUUUGCUUCUGUCUUCGCCAAACACAAGCUGCAGGAAGAUCCGUUCGUGUAUCCACUGCUGUGCUUUGCAUUCGGGAUUUGUGUAAUGCUUGCUAUGAGUGUCAGCGCGCACUUGUUCAAUUGCAUGUCCACUAAGGCUUGCCACGUAUGCUUCUUUUUCGAUUAUGCUGCCAUUAGCGUGUACACCUUCACGGCUGGUCAAGUGUUUUAUUUUUAUUCCAGGCCGGUGAACACAACUUGGUUGAUAUUCAACACUCCCGCUCUGUUCCUAGCGAUCUCCGCCGCCAUUUCUUUUGCAUCGACGUUGGCGUGUUGCUACUCGUUUUGCAGCACAAGUCGUUUCGAUGCAGCUUUAAAAGCGAGUACUUACAUUAGCUCGUGGCUGUUCAACACUUCACCUUAUUGGACAAUGUUAUCAUUAUGUAACACAACAUCAACUUGUAGCAGCCCUCAAUCCGUGCAGUAUUUCACUCGUCACUGUCUAUUCUACGCGGGUGGGACGCUUGCUUAUGUUUUCCGCGUCCCAGAACGUCUAAUGAUUGGAGUUUUCGACGUGGUAGGGCACAGCCAUCACUUCCUUCAUAUUCUGUGCGCGAUCGGUGCAGCAGAUGAGUUUUCAGCUGUUGAACUAGAUAUGCAGCAGAGAAGGGCUAUCAUCGAGCCACUCCCAGGACCCACAUUCUCAAACAGUAUUUUGUUAACGAUCUUAGUCGUUCUCGGAAACACUUCAGUAGUACUGUUGUGUACAAGGUAUUUAAAUCUACGAAAGCACUAACCAUACCUUGGUCUUGUAUGAUAAACAAAUCUAAGUUGCUUUUUAGGAUGGACAGGAAAACCGUCUGAUGAUGUCCUUCACUCUUUGAAUCAUUUCUCGCAUCCUCCAGCAGUACAGGAAUGGAUUUAGAGUCGAGUUAAACAACAUAAGAGAUAUCUUUAAAGACCAGGUAAACUAAAGUGGGCGUGUCUCCAAACCAGUGAUAAUCAUGAAACUUGAGAUUACGCCAUAAGGGAGAUAACAACUGGAUACCAAAGAGUAUCAACAAGCGCCAUUACUCGCCUCACAGUCACCACCUGUCUGUAUCUCAGCCCAAAAAACGGAGCAAGAAGUCUGUCUACUCUUAUUGCAGUCAUUGUUAAUAAAGAUACGCCGCUAAACAACAAAGUCGUGAUGAUAAAAAGGAAUCAGAAAUAGUACCAGUCAUUCGAGUGAUCUCGAGACAAAUGGAUUCCACCUCGUAGGGGAUGUGUAU